AAUUGAGAGUGAGAGAGAGAGAGGGCAUGGCGGCGUUGCAGAGAGGGAUGUAAAUUCCAAGUCUUUAAUGCUAUAUAUUCAAUCUUGGAAGAGAGAAGAAAAAUAAAACAAGAAUUAAAAGCCCGCGAGCGCGAGCUUCAUUGACGACGCGCUCUAUCUCUCUCUCUCUCUCUCUCUAACCAACUGAGCUGCCAACAUCUGUCUUGCAAUUAGAGCACAGAGAUAGAAAGAGAGACACAAACACUCACAUGUUGGUUUUGUUAUAGGAAACUGAUCUCUCUCUCGAUCUCUCUAGCGCUCUCUCUCUGGUGAGCUUGUGAGGUAUAAAGAAUUGUGAAAGUUGGAGAAUUUGAAAUCGAGGCAGGGUUUGGAGUUGAGGUGGGAGAGGAGGGCGUGCGUCUGAUAUGGAUUUUCGGUUACGAUUGGGGGACGGGGAAGAGAAGAAGCAAUGGCUGGUUUUUUCUCAUUAGGUGGAGGAAGUCGGAAUCCGGAAAGCAGGAAUCAGUAUCAACAACCGCAACCGAGUGAUAUUCCGCCGGAGACGUUGUUUUGGUACAAGAAUAAUGAAGAGGGCAUGCCAAACAAAGGAAGCUUCGAGUUAUGGCAGCACCAGCAGCAGCAACUACAGCACCACCACCACCAGCAACAGCAGCAUCAGCUCCACCAGCUCCAACUCCAGCAAGAUCUGUACGCCUCGGCCGCUGCUCUAGGCGUCGGUCCUAGCAGCAUCAACGUCUCUGAUGAGUCGUCGUCGCGGCCGUUCAUGUUGAUGAGACCCUCCUCGUCCGGCGGAGGAGGAGGUGGAGGUGGUGGGGGAGGUGGAUCGACGUCCGGGAGCACCGUCAGCUGUCAAGACUGCGGCAACCAAGCCAAGAAAGAUUGCGUGCACAUGAGGUGCAGGACUUGCUGCAAGAGCCGAGGGUUCGAGUGCGCCACCCACGUGAAGAGCACGUGGGUCCCGGCGUCGAAGCGCCGUGAGAGGCAGCAGCAGCAUCUCACGGCGCUGCAGCAGCAGCAGCAGCAACAACAACACGAAACAGUUCAAGUGAUCCGCGGAGGCGGAGAGAAUCCGAAAAGGCUGAGAGAGAGCAAUCCAAACAAUCCAAGCUCCAAUUCUUCUCUGGGAGCUUGCACUCGCAUUAUCACAAACACGUCAGGGUUGGAACUGGGGAAUUUUCCGCCCGAACUGACCUCUCCCGCGUUGUUCCGCUGCGUGAGAGUGAGCUCCAUCGACGACGAUGAAGAUCAGUACGCAUAUCAGACGGCGGUGAACAUCGCCGGCCACGUGUUCAAGGGAAUUCUCUACAACCAAGGCCCUGCUGAUAAUAACAACUACAAUAUGAGCACAGGUGGCGAGAGCUCGUCUGGGGGAGGAGGCGGAGGCGGAGGUGGUGGAGGAGUCAUUCAACCCCUCAAUCUCAUCAAUGCCGCUCCCACUACAGCUGUCAGUGGCGGUGUAACGGUGGCUGCAGCUUCAGGUUCCGGGACGUUAAUGGAUCCUAACUCUCUAUACCCGGCUAACCCAUUUAUGGCAUCGGGAACUCUUUCAAGGAUUGUUGUUGCUGUCCAGAUAAUGUAG